CCUCCCCACUUUGUUUUGACGUCGUCGGCCUGCUUGCGCAAGCGCAGUCCGAGCUGCUUUUAUACCGAGCGAGUGGAGGUUCCGUAGUGCCAGUUCCUGCCGCCUCCUCCUCGCCUCUCUUUAGCGUUCGACCCAGAAGCCCGGACUCUCCAUGGCGAUGAACUUCAACGCGAAGGAGGAGGUGGACGGGCAGGUUCCCGGGAGCAGCGGCGUGGGGGGAGCCGGGGUCGGGGUCAGCGUGGCCGGUGGGGCCGGAGUCAAGAGCCGAAAGCCCGACAACACCGCCUUCAAGCAGCAGCGCCUGCCGGCCUGGCAGCCCAUCCUCACGGCCGGCACCGUCCUGCCCGCCUUCUUCGUCAUCGGCCUCAUCUUCAUCCCCAUCGGCAUCGGCAUCUUCGUCACCUCCAACAACAUCCGAGAGUACGAGAUUGAUUAUACAGGAACAGAGCCAGGUAGUCCCUGCAACAAGUGUUUAAAUGUGUCCUGGAACAGUACACCUCCUUGCACGUGCACCAUACACUUUACACUGGAUCAGCCAUUUGAGAGCAAUGUGUUUAUGUACUAUGGACUGUCCAACUUUUAUCAAAACCACCGUCGCUAUGUGAAGUCUCGGGAUGACAGCCAGUUAAAUGGAGAUAACACUUCUCUACAUCACCCCAGUAAGGAAUGUGAGCCUUACCGCACCAGCGGGGACAAGCCUAUUGCUCCUUGUGGCGCUAUUGCCAACAGCAUGUUUAAUGAUACAUUGACACUGUAUCGUAUUGAGCGUAAUGAAACCAAAUAUAUACCUAUUCCUUUGACUAAACAAGGCAUUGCUUGGUGGACAGACAAAAAUGUGAAAUUCAGGAAUCCUACUGGACCUACAAAGGAUCUGACAAUACUUUUCCAAGGCACAGCAAAACCUGUCAAUUGGCCCAAACCAGUGUAUGAGCUAGACACGGAUGUAGACAACAAUGGAUUCAUCAAUGAAGACUUCAUUGUGUGGAUGCGUACUGCAGCGCUGCCUACAUUUCGGAAGCUAUAUCGCCUUAUAGAGAGACCAGAUAACUUACGGCCUACUCUACCAGCUGGGAAUUAUUCCUUGGAAAUAGCAUACAAUUAUCCUGUGCAUAGCUUUGACGGGCGAAAACGGAUGAUCUUGAGCACCAUUUCGUGGAUGGGGGGCAAGAAUCCGUUUCUGGGAAUCGCCUACAUCACCGUCGGCUCCAUUUGCUUUUUCCUCGGAGUAGUGCUGCUAAUCAUUCAUCACAAGUACGGGAACCGGAACAACAGUGCAGACAUUCCCAAUUAAUCCUGCGUCUCCAAAACACAUGUACUGCAUGUGCAUCAAGGCCAGUCCAGAGCGGACACAGCUUUUGAAAGCGCUAUCCCUGGUUUAAAAAAAAAACAAGUUGCUUCUGACACAGAAUGCAUAAGUAUAUAUGAAGCCUUUUGUUUUCCUUUACGGUGGAUUAACUUGAAGAUAAUGGCUAUAAAAAAGUUACCUAUGUAAAACAGUGCUGCCUAGAGGACUUUUUGAGGCUUGGCCUCUGGCUGGACAGGUGCCAUGAUGCGCAUUUAGUCUUUCCUCACCCAAUGCAUCUGCUGCUUGUGUGCUUUGUAACAUGUCCAUACCGUGUAUAGACUGCCUGGCGAGAACGUGUUUAGGGUAGAGUAGCUUCACGUUUCAAGGAUGUCAGGUGUGCUGGUGCUUUCGGAAGGAGAAGAGGCCUGCCUGGUGGUUUGUUGUUGUUGUUUUGUCACGCAUGGUGCGCAUGGGCUUUUGUGUUCGCGGCUGAAAUGUUUGCUGUAUUGCUCUGAGCCCAGCUUCACGUUCAAGCUUCGCCGUAUGUUCCAACAGGUGUGCUUGCCAUGUGAACAUGUGCAGCAGCAAAAGGCUUCUUUGUUACAUUAAAGCCGCUUUUUCCCCACACGGAAACAACUGCUGCCUAUGCAAGUCUUGCUUUAAAUUCUUCCGCGUGCAGCUCUGUUCUAUGCCCAGCACCUUGUAUGGUCCAAAACUCUUAGCGUGGCUCCUACAGAAAUGAAGAGCUUCUGUCUCAAAAGGCAGGAACAGCUGUCUGUAUCGGUACAGAAAUGUCCAUCUUUGGUUAAAAGCAAGGGUUUGACCCCAUUUAACAUUCCUAAUUGGGGAAGAAGCGUUAAAUUUAAUUCAGGUGGUGUUUGAGCUCCUGAACUCAAACUUGAAGAAAGAAACUUGGAAGAAGUGUCAUGCAAGUCUGUUACAGCUUGCUUGCGGUGGGAUGUGGGGGAUGUCCCCUUCUUGCAAAUUUCCACUGAAGUCUUUCCAGAUUGUAAGAACCCAGCCCAAUGAUCUUAAAUUAUUAAAUUGCUAUGUAUAUGGAAGUUAUUUUACGUGAAACUGGUUUGUCAAUCUGAAUAUUUGCUAUUGAAUAAAUGCUGUCAUUUGUUUUAUGAAACAAUCCUUUAGCAGAAGUGUCUCAGUUUUGGGUGGCAGUCAUGAAAACUUUCAAUAGGACUUGAAAAGGGAUAAUGCAAAAAACUCAUCCAAUGCCUUUGAUCCUUUUGGGAACCAGAAAAAUACAGGAACGUUAAGUGCGGAAAUAAUUAUGUAGAAGGAUUUUGAAAGCCAAGAUCACCCACAGCUGGAAGCACAGUAAAAUUCAUUUCCUAGAAAACCAAGUGACUCAGAAAUGAAUAUGAAGUCAGUUGUGUUAGUUUACACUACUUCUUUCCUUAAAUACACACACUUCCUUGCAAAAUUGAAUCGUACAUACAUCUGACUUGUAUGUUUGCUGUAAUGUGCAAAUUGAAUACCAGAUUUGCUGUAAAUACUUGGCAGUGGCUGCCUAUGAACUUAAUUGUCUAGAACAUGCAUUCCAAUUACUGUAGGGAUUUUAUAUGAAUUGGUUUAAUCUGAACCAGUAGAACUAAAACAUCCUUGAAUUUAGAUCUCAUUAUGAAAAGCCAUCUGAGGCUUUACACAUUUUAACCAGAGGGGUUUUCCCUGUUCCAAACUCAACACUUAAUGAGAUACCUAUUUUAUUUAUUUAAACAUUUGCUACUUGCCCAUCAACCAUCUCAACAUUGUUUAUCCUCUGCCCAUUAAAAACAUUUAACAAUCCAAAGUUAGAACAGUGAGAUCAAUGCAAAUUACCACUUAAAAAUCAAUACAAGCAGCACAAUUCCUUCUAAAAAUGAGUUUUAAAAACAGCUGACAAUCUGUUUAUUUCAGCCCUUGGAACAAACAGUCCUAAAAAUCCUGGGAAAAUAAAAAGGUCAUCUGGCAUUGCAAAUAAUUUGGUGUAGCCAUUAGACAAACCUUGCUAGUGAGAGCAUUCCGUAACUGGGGUAGCCACCACCAAAAGGGGUAUCUUCUUGGUAGACACCUGCCUCACCUCAUUUGAUGGGACAGGCUGGAGAAGGGCCUCUGGUAAAGAUCUGAAGGUCCAGAGAGGUUUGUAUGAAAAUCCUUCAGAAAACCUGACUCUAUCAGGUCUGUUCCCCUUGAAACCAGUGAUGUAGACAGAGCAUGUCUACCCAGUUUGCACCAGUUUACCCCGGUGCCUUAUAACUUGCUGUCAUGUUAAUAAAAUCUCAGCUUCAGUGUUUGAUCAUGUCUAGCUCCAGUGAUCCUUUUUUGUACCUAUCAAAAUCUGCAGCUGUCUCAAACAUCCCUAUGGAAAAGCUACUGGCUGGCUUAACCCAGUAAUAAUAGCAUUGGCAAAGCUCACCUGGGGCAACUCAGUUGGUAGAGCAGCAGGUGUUUAAUCUCAGGGUCGUGGGUUUGAGUCCCAUGUUGGGCAAAAAGAUUCCUGUGUUGUUGGGGGUGGACUAGAUGAUCCUUAUGGUCCCUUCCAACUCUACAGUUCCGGGAAGGCAAAUUCUGAGACGUAUUAUACGUAAAGUACCUUGGAAUAUAUAUUGAUCAAGAGCUUUUUAGCUCUAGAACAGGCAUGUCAAACCUGCGGCCCUCCAGAUGUUUUGGACUACAAUUCCCAUCUUCCCCAACCACUGGUCCUGCUAGCUAGGGAUCAUGGGAGUUGUAGGCCAAAACAUCUGGAAGGCCGCAGGUUUGACAUGCCUGCUCUAGAACAAGGCUGUAAGACGAACUGCUAAAUUUGGCAAUGAAAAACCUCAUUGGAACAAAUUUGUUAGCAGCUGACGUUCCUAUUUCAUGUUGACUACAUCUGACUACAGCCACCUCCUGAGAGUUAUUUCUAGACAAAGCUGGGAAGGGUUAGAGUUCUUCUGCUGUCACCUGUCCAACAAGAACAGGGCUUGGUUAAACAGGUACGGUGAUUUGGCAUCUGUAUCUCCAUGACUGGCGUACUUUGAAACCUGCUUCCUGUUUAACCACAUGCCACUCUUAAAGCAGAUUUAACUUGGGUUAUCCAGUUAGUCUUUUAUAGAGCAGAAUUACUGUGUGUUGCACAAGCAGGAUAUUGUUCUUGUCACAGAAAUAUUGGUCAGCAGUUAGUCAAAUGAUUUCUUUCCAAAUUCCCUGCUAUCCAGCAUUUAAUCUUGCUCCAACGCAAAGCACCUGCUGUUCAUGGCAAGUAACUGCAGAAUAAUACUGACUUCUUUCUGAGUCUUGUGUUUGCUUCACAUAUGGGGAAGAAAAAACCUAGAAGACAACCCAGAAACCAACUUCCAGUAACUCUGUUGUAGUCUAUGGGCUUAAUUAACACUUCAGCUCGAAAGUCUGUUGGUGUUGUGGCAUCAGUGUCUUUAAAGCAGCAAAUUACAUAAAAGCUGCCAUUCUAAUUUGUUGUACCUUCUGUAGAAAAGAUGAAUAACAAGUUCCCUAAAGGUAAAGGUAAAGGUAAAGGGACCCCUGACCAUUAGGUCCAGUCGUGACCGACUCUGGGGUUGCGCGCUCAUCUCGCAUUAUUGGCCGAGGGAGCCGGCGUAUAGCUUCCAGGUCAUGUGGCCAGCAUGACAAAGCCGCUUUGGGCAAACCAGAGCAGCACAUGGAAACGCCGUUUACCUUCCCGCUGUAGCGGUUACUAUUUAUCUACAGUACUUGCAUUUUGACAUGCUUUCGAACUGCUAGGUUGGCAGGAGCUGGGACCAAGCAACGGGAGCUCACCCCGUCACAGGGAUUCGAACCGCCGACCUUCUGACAUAGCUGCCAAGUUUUCGCUUUUCUCGCGAGGAAGCCUAUUCAGCAUAAGGGAAAAUCCCUGUAAAAAAGGGAUAACUUGGCAGCUAUGCCUUCUGAUCAGCAAGCCCUAGGCUCAGUGGUUUAACCACAGCGCCACCUGGGUCCCUACUCUACAAGUUCCCUACUCUAGUUUUAAUAGAGACUGAGGGAAAUGCAGGAUUACCUUUGUUCAUUUGAAACAGACACAGCUGCUUGAAUUGGUACAGUAAGUUACCCCAUUGUAUACGUUGCCUCACACAUUCAUUCUAAGAGGUUUUGGGAUUUUAAUGGAUGGAAAUCAAGACAAAAGGCUUGAAUGAAGCAAUGUGAGAUAUGAUUAUUUUAGAGAUCAAGGUACUAGUUGAUUUUGUUCUUUGUAAUUUGAGUCAACCAUUAAGUAAAUAUUUUUAAGAGUUCUAACUUGCUGCUGAUCUAAUUGGCUCCAUUGUUUGGCUGUUUUUAAACAAGUGCCUUAGAAGGAAAAAUACAAUUAAGAGUUACCCAUCUUCAACUCCAUGUGGCUGCCCACCUCCCCUUGAGGUGUACAAUGUUCUUGCUAACAAAUGAUUAGCCCUGGUUUCUUCUUCCUAUUUCUAUGCUGUGAAAUUUUCACCAUGUCUGCAGUUGGUACUAACCACAACUCCCGGUGUUCUUAGCUACCGUUGUGCAUAAAUGUGUUACUCAUGAGAACUGUACAGUCAGCACAUGGGUACUAAAGACACUGCUUAUGCCCUAGUGAAAGGCAGGCUGUAGUCUUCAAAUCAUUAAGAUAAGCAUUAUAGCAAAGUUUUCCUGGAUUCUCUUCAGAGAAUCAGUUUCCUUUCCAUUUCAUUCUAAAUUAAUAUCCAUUGCAACCCUAAAAUGUUCUGUUAAGUCAAAAUAAAACUACCAGACCAGGAAAAGUAAUUCUCAUUUUUAUAUCAGAAAUAACUUAAUGGUCAGAGCAAAAAAAAAAAAAGUACAAAGAUGAAUUUAUUACGUUGAAUAGCGCAUCAGAC